UACCACCCCCUGUCCUGAGCGCCGUUACCGGCUCGUUAUGAUCUCGGUGUUUUUUGGCCGUAUGGGCCGGUGCGGUGUUCACAUGCGGCGCUAUGUCCUAUGUAUCCAGCUCUGUAUUCCCGCUCAUUCCCUCAGUGAUGAAUUCUGUGGUGACCCGUCAUGUGCCCGCAGCGACACAGCCCUCUGGAUAAUUUAAACCUAUACUAUGGCAGGAGAUUGGCUGGGGAGCAUUGUAUCCAUAAACUGUGGAGACACCCUUGGAAUGUACCAAGGCCGUGUAUCUGCUGUUGAUCAGCUCAGUCAAACUAUAUCACUCACACAGCCCUUCCAUAAUGGAGUCAAAUGCCUCGUUCCAGAGGUAACGUUCAGGGCAGGGGACAUUGUAGAGCUGAAGAUUUUGGAGCUACCUGUAGAUAGCAGAAGGCAAACAAAUAACCAGUUCCCUGAAAACACAACUGGUAUGACUACAGACUACAUUAAUGGCACAGCAAAGCAAAGGCCAAUAGAGACAAGUAAUGCACAGAACAUCCCCCGUAGAUCAGAUGCGAGGAGCAAUGAUACUGUAGGCACUUCCCCACAGCCAUGCUCAAAAAGUUACGUGGACAGACACAGUGAAGGUGUUAACCAGCCCAAGAACUUUCGCCGUAGGCACAACUCAUCCCCUCCCAAAUGCCAUGGACAUUCUGUGGGGAGGAAUCAGGAAACAGAUUCUGCAGGGUCAUCAAGCAGUCGAUAUCCUAACCAAGUGACCCCUAAGAAGAGUGGCCCCAAGAAUGGGCAGAUGAAGGCCCGAGAUGAUGAAUGCUUUGGAGAGGACUUAGAAGAAAUUCCUGAUACAGAUUUUGAUUUCGAAGGGAAUCUUGCUCUUUUUGACAAAGCAGCUGUCUUUGAAGAGAUAGAUACUCAUGAGAGGAAGAGUGGAGGAGGCACUGGUAGUGUGCCAAAGUCUCGUGGGACCCCUAGUGACAGAGCCCCAACAUACAGACAUGAUGAAAACAUACUUGAAUCAGAGCCAAUUGUAUAUAGGAGAAUUAUAGUACCACAGCCUGGUGGCAAGGAAUUUUGCACGGAUUCAGGUCUGGUGGUACCCAGCAUCUCUUAUGUAUUGCACAAAAAGCUCUUAAGUGUGGCAGAGAAGCAUGGUCUGUCGGUUGAAAAACGGUUGGAAAUGGCAGGAAUUUGUGCCAGUCAGAUGGCACUGACAUUACUUGGUGGACCCAACAGGCUAAAUCCAAAAAAUGUUCACCAACGACCAACUGUUGCCUUUCUAUGUGGGCCACACAUCAAAGGGGCUCAGGGAAUAAGCUGUGGGCGACACUUGGCCAAUCACGAUGUAGAUAUUAUUCUCUUCCUACCAAAUUUCAUGAAGAUGUUGGAGCCUGUAACCAAUGAGCUAAAUCUGUUUUGCCAGACAGAGGGAAAACAGGUGUCAAAUGUAAAAGAUCUUCCGGAUUGCCCUGUUGACCUGGUUAUUAAUUGUCUGGAUUGCCAUGAAAAUGCCUUCCUUCGAGAUCAACCAUGGUACAGAGCAGCUGUGGAGUGGGCCAAUCAGAAUCGAGCCCCAGUGCUUAACAUUGACCCUCCAGUGACAGACCAGGGACAGGGAAUCCAUGCCAAGUGGUCUCUAGAGCUGGGUCUCCCAUUAGCACUUGGCGAGCAGGCUGGGCGGGUUUACCUUUGUGACAUUGGCAUUCCUCAAAAGGUUUUCAGAGAGGUUGGAAUCACCUAUCAUUCACCCUUUGGUUGCAAAUUUGUAAUUCCUCUGCAUUCCAUGUUGGAAUAAUUUGACCAGCAAAUCUUUAUGAAUAACGCACACCCUUCAAGAUGGUGCCUUACAGUGGGCACAAAACUGCCAUAGCUGUCCCUCGCCAGCCCAAUGGUAAUAGCUUUGUGCAGAGCAGUGUAUUUCUGGCAACAGUCAAUGGUAUUGCGAAAACAAAGUUGUUUUUAUUUAUUUUUUUCACUUCUCCUGCCAUACCUGUCAAGUAAAACAAAGUCAGAAGUGCAUUUCCUAUAGAAAAAUUUAGGAAGUUGUUGGUUUUUGUUAGUUUUUUUGUAAUAUAAAUACAGAUUGAAACCUUUUUUGAAUUUACAUUGCCUGGGCAACACAAUUCUGUUACUGUGUAGCAUUACCAUCUGUUUAUUGCCUUUGCCAUGUUAUCACUUGAUUAAUGUGGUGUGUACCAAAUGAAGCACUUGGUGUUCUGUGGAUGUAUAGUGUGGUUUAUUUUUUAUUAUUUGGGUUGUUUAGUUCAUCACAUUACUGUACAAGAAGGGGGCACAACUUGCCAAUAGAAUGAUACCCGAUAAAUACAGGAUACACAAUACACACUCAUAGAAACAUCCUCACCUGAAGUAGUUGUACAUAACCAGGCUCAGUGACUGGUUUACACAGUGAAAAAAAUUGGUGACAUAUUUUAUUCGUAGCCCUGAUUUUCAUCUGUGAUCGGUAGCAAAAAAAAAAAAAAAACUUUCGCUGGCUAUGGAUGAAAAUCAGUGCAUAAAACACAUUGCAGAUUUUUCCACUGUGUAAACCUGGCCUUAAAGAGGUACUCCGGUGGAAAACUUUUUAUUUUUUUUAAUUAACUGGUGCCAAAAAAUUAAACAGAUUUGUCAAUUACUUCUAUUAAAAAAACGUAAUCCUUCCAGUACUUAUUAGCUGCUGAAUACUACAGAGGAAAUUAUUUUCUUUUUGGAACAUAGAGCUCUUUGCUGACAUCACGAGCACAGUGCUCUCUGCUGACAUCUCUGUCCAUUUUAAGAACUGUCCAGAGUAGGAGAAAAUCCCCAUAGCAAACAUAUGCUGAUCUGGACAGAUGUCAGCAGAAAGCACUGUGCUCCAAAAAGAAAAUAAUUUCCUCUGUAGUAUUCAGCAGCUAAUUAGUACUG